UGUGGGGAGGCGAGGAUGCGGGUUAAGGUGCUGAGCCGCAACCCCGAUGACUACGUCCGCGAGACGAAGCUGGACCUGCAGCGCGUUCCAAGAAAUUAUGACCCUGCAUUGCAUCCGUUUGAGGUUCCACGAGAGUACACAAGAGCUCUGAAUGCAACAAAGCUAGAACGUGUGUUUGCAAAACCCUUUCUUAGCUCGCUUGAUGGCCACAGAGAUGGAGUUAAUUGCAUGGCCAAACAUCCAAAGAGUUUGUCUACAGUGCUGUCUGGAGCUUGUGAUGGAGAGGUUAAAAUUUGGAACUUGACCAAACGACAGUGUAUUCGUACUAUACAAGCCCAUGAAGGCUUUGUUCGAGGCAUGUGUGCUCGUUUCUGUGGUACAUCAUUCUUUACUGUUGGCGAUGACAAAACUGUGAAGCAGUGGAAAAUGGAGAGCCCGGAGUACGGAGAAGAAGAAGAACCUAUUCAUACAAUUCUUGGAAAGACAGUAUAUACAGGAAUUGAUCACCACUGGAAGGAAGCUGUUUUUGCCACCUGUGGCCAUCAAGUGGACAUUUGGGAUGAGCAAAGGACAAGUCCCAUGUGUUCUCUGACAUGGGGCUUUGAUAGCAUAAGCAGUGUAAAAUUUAAUCCCAUUGAGACAUACCUUUUGGGAAGCUGUGCCUCUGACAGAAACAUUGUGCUAUAUGAUAUGAGAAAAUCAACACCAUUAAAGAAGGUUAUCUUGAACAUGAGGACAAAUACACUGUGUUGGAACCCCAUGGAAGCUUUCGUUUUUACUGCAGCAAAUGAAGAUUACAACUUAUAUACUUUUGAUAUGCGCUUCCUUGAAUCACCUGUGACGGUGCAUAUGGAUCACGUGUCUGCUGUUCUUGAUGUGGAUUAUUCACCCACUGGGAAAGAAUUUGUCUCUGCCAGCUUUGAUAAGUCUGUCCGCAUUUUUCCUGUAGAGAAAGGUCACAGCAGAGAGGUAUAUCAUACAAAGCGAAUGCAGCACGUCAUCACUGUAAAGUGGACUUCAGAUAACAAAUACAUUCUGUGUGGCUCAGAUGAGAUGAAUAUUCGUCUGUGGAAAGCUAAUGCUUCUGAAAAAUUGGGAGUGCUUGCACCACGAGAGAAGGCAGCUAUGAAUUACAAUCAGAAGCUGAAGGAGAAGUUCCAGUAUCACCCAAAGAUCAGGCGCAUAGCUCAACACCGUCACUUGCCUAAAAGUAUAUUUUGCCAAAUCAAGGAGCAACGUAUUAUGAGAGAAGCUCGUCGUCGAAAGGAACUGAAUCGUCGUAAGCACAGCAAACCAGGAUCUGUGCCAUUUGUGUCAGAGAGGAAGAAACAUAUUGUGGCAGUAGUGAAAUAAUUGUUUUCACAUGUACAAAACAUCACAAUGAAAGAAAGUGUCACUAUUGAAUGAAUCCACUCUACAAAAUUUGAUGGACAUUGGUAAGACAGCGUGUGGCUCCAGAAACGUGGCUUUUCUUCCAAGUAUACACAAGCUCAGAUUUCUCAAGUCAUUGUCUGCUUUGGGUAUUCGUAACAAUCGGCCCUGUAAUCUUUUAUUGCCAUUUGCCUGUCUGAUGUUACUGGCCCAACACUGUGUAUUGCAGUGGAGUUUGAUCCUUUUGAUAAAAGCAGAUAACUUCGUAGUUGGUGGAGGAUAUCUGUAGUUCCAAUUCUAUGCCUUGGUGCUGUUACUACAAAAAAAGGAUGAAAUCAAUUCAGAUUUGUCAGAGGCAAAAUAACUUUGUUCCAUAUAGAGUUAUAAGGUCAGUUGUCCUUAUGCUGUUUUUUUUUUAAACAAAUCUAAUAAAGUAAACAAGUGACCUUAAGUCAAUGGACUAGAUCUUGAUUAUUUCAACUGACAAAUAUAUUGCGUUAUACUUAUUACAGUACGAUACAUUAUUUUUCUUUUAUCCAAAAGGAAUUCAACAGGAAUGUCAGACAUCUGUAAACAUAUUUAUAGUUUUGUUCUGUCUUAACUAUUGUUACAUGACUUGACAAAACUUCAGACUGUUGAAGUUGCUAAUAUUAAUGAUGACAUAGCUGAAUAAAUGUGUUUUUAGCUUAUUUAAAACUUCUAAAAUCUGGAUGAAAGAUGACACAAAUUACAUAAAACCCAGAAACUUCUUUAGGUGAGAUUUAUUAUAAGCCUUCUAUUUUAAGUUUUAUAUAAAAAAAAAUAAAAGCUUCACAUUUCAC